GUGAAAACCUCCUGAUUUUCCACCAUCUGCGAUUCAUUGGUUGGUUAAUGCUGAGGAACGCAGAACUAGGACAACAUGGUGGACAGAAUGACAGUGAGGAAGGCGGAGCAGUUGUUGCAGGCAACGACGCGUCGCACGAUGCCUGGCAUGUGUGGAGGGUCAAGGAUCUUGCUCUUUCUCUUGUCCGUGAGGAAGGUCUCUUCUCCAACUCUGAUUCCAUGGAAAUUUUUCUUGAUUGGACUUCCCUGGUAGCUGGAGGAUACUGCACUUCUCCAUGAUAUAGGCCCUGUCUAAAAUUGUUGUUUGUACUGCAGAUGAUUGCAGAUACGUGAGAGAUCCACUUAAUCUAAGGAGAGUUGUUGAGAAUUUUCUAGAAGAAGUGGGCAUAGAGGAAAGCAAGAGAAAAUGAAGAUUUUAAAGACCAUAAAAGGAAUGGGUUUAAAAGUUGAGCUUGCUGUGCUGUCAAACAAUGAAUUUGGAGUUGUACAAGAUGCUCACCAUUUUGAUUCAAUGGGUGCUAUAGUAUCAGGAAUUGCUUGCUGCUUCACUUGUGGUGGAAACAGACAAGGUGCUUCAUGAUCCUGCCAUUCAUCCACGAUCAGACUUAUCAAAGGAACUAUACAUGAAAAAGGACGAGCAGACUACUGGGGAUCAUUUUCAUUAGAAGCUUCUCAAGUUGAAGGAUUUGAUGAAAGCGAAGGUAAACUCAGCAUGUGUAUGCAAACAGCCUCGUAUUUGUAAUUGGAUUACUGAUACUUGUUAGCCUGUCUACAACAUACGUAAAGAUGGUAUUGUAAAUCUUUUGUGUACCAAUAUUUAGCAUCCAUGGAAAUUUCAGGCUGGCCAAAAGAGAGCUGAGAGUAGGCAUAAGUUCAUGGAAGACUUUCUGGAAGAGUUUUGUGGAGAAUGGGAUGGGAGAACUUGAAUAAGAUUUUUACCAUAAAGAUUCCUGGUAUUGGUUCAGAAUCAGCUUAUUGAAUGAAUGUAACCGGCUUAUUUUCUAAGUUCUGCAUCAUAAGAACAUGAAAGAAUUUGAAUCCAACUAUUUCAAGUUAGAAGUUUUAUGUUCUACCGUGAUUCAAUCAUAGAAUAACUAAUUUCGUGAGGA